CCGCUCUUUCCAUGUUUAUCUUUUGCACACAGCAAAUUUAACACUCUUUCCGAACCCACCUCUUCACAGAUACUAGGAGAUCUCCAAUUAAUACCUUGACUAUAUAUGCAGGGCUCAUAGGAUGGGAUCGAAGAGGAAAGCCACCUUAAUCAGUCAAGUGUAGUUUUCAACCACAUUAACUCACCUUUGCAAACACAAAUCCUUGGGUGCCCAAGUUGUAGAGGAUCAAUUUGUGCAGCCUUUUAUUUUUGUGUGUUCUUCCAACAAAAUGCCGUCGAAGUGCAGACCGCUCAUCCCUUGCCCCCUGUGAUAUGUAACAUGGCAGAGGGCCGUGAGUGGAUGUAUAAACGUCAAAGUCGGGCUUCCGGUAAUAUAAAUCAUGAGUUUGUAGAAGGUUUAAAAGGUUUCUUAGAUUAUGCUUUUACCAUAUGUGAGGGCAUGGGGGAAAAUAUUUGGCUCGCCCCUUUCAUCUUCCUCACUCGAUCGAUUUGCAAAGUAGAUAAGGUCUCGUGGACGAAAACCUUGGAGUCGGCAACUCAGGUUCUCUUUCAUUUUCUUUCAAUUACAGCACUUUGUAUUACAAAUUUCUGGGGUUUUCAUUUAUGAGAUUUAUAUAAGUUUGACUAUGCUGCAGUGAUAGUUAGAUUGGGAGAGGUCUAGGUAUUUUAAGUGAGUAAACAUAUGUUUUUUAACACACCAAGCAUAUAUCUGUUUUUCCAGGUUUGAUUAUUGCUCUAUUUCAUUUUGGACUAGGGUACUAUAUGUGCAAACGAAUAUUUCAGUUCACUCAAGGGUUCAAUUAGAGUUUUUGUACUAACGGUUUAACAGAGUUAGUUACCUCACAGUGUUCAUUCUCUCUUUGGCAAGGUAAUUUCACAGAGUCCAUUUCAUGUCCCAAAUUUUCGAGAUAGGUUAUGUGAAUUUGUUUUUAACAGUAUUUAGAUGUGAAUACAUUUUUUAUGCUUUCAUAAAGUGCUAAUUAAAGUGGUAAAAAAUUAAUUUAUUUAGGCAUAUGCCUGAAUAUCCCUACCCAAAAACAGAACAAUAAACCCUUGAAUAGGAAUGAAAAAGAACAUCUUUGAGAGUAUAUGUGUAUAGGGAGGGAAUGUUAUCCAUGUAUUCUAUAUUUGUAUCUUAAAUUUAUAUAAUUUGUAUGUGUUUAGAGAAAGACAUGUCUUCUAGGGCUUCCAUAUCCCGUGGUGGUGGGCGUGCAAUCCGUGGCCGCCCAAACAAUGGUGUUAUUGUUGGUAUUGGUACCACUCGGAACUUGGCUUUAGGGGGGCAUACAGCUGGAUCAGAUGGCCAACAGUCACCGAACACCCCUCCGUCUAAUGGCAGUGGCUCAUUUGUUUCGAAUACAAGACUUGAAGUUUCAAUGCAACCUAACUUGAUACCACAACAUGUGUCUCUCACAUAGUGUCGUGAUCACAUUGUAGUUGGAGAUUUGAAAGUUAAUGAAAAAGUGAAGAAGUCCCUUGAGACUAUUGCUUCACAUUUGUUUACUGGCUGGCCAUCUAAUUACGGAAAUUUGGAUCCCAAGUCUCGCGAAAAAUACAUUUCACUAUUCUCGCUAGAGUAUACAUGGGCUGCGUCAGAUAAUAGCCGAAUGAUUUCCAAAGUUCAUUCGCAAUUUUCUAGUCGUUACACGGCACGCAUGUCAAAUAUGAGAUUGCAUAUACAAUCCAAAAUUCCAGAUUUUUUUCCUGAUCAAGACUACACAAGAUUCAUCCCCUUCCGUCCGGAGCUCGUAACGUCUCACACAUGGGCUAAAUUGUGUAACUAUUGGAACUCUGAUGAAUGGAAGAAGAAGACUAAAGUUGCAAGACGUAAUCGUGUUGGUUUUUUUUUUAUCCCAGAAGGCAAACCACCAAAAUCAGUGGGGUAAAUGCCGGGAGUCAGAUACCAGAAUUUAUUAAAGACAUAGAGUAUUACAAAAAUCGAGGGGGGACUAUACCAAAACCUCGUAAAUAAAACAAGCUGAAAAAACCGCAUUAAUGAAAUCUAAAAGAGGCAAUGCCAAACAAAUCCAUAAAAAAAGUCCGUCUAGCCGAAAUAGGUAAACUAUUUGGGCUAAAAAAUUCCUGCUUUGGGCCCAAAUGUGAUUGGGCCAAGAAAUGAGCCGCACCGUUAACCUCGCGAUAAACAUGUCGAAAGGAUAAACCUUUCCUAUUCCCUGCGUGUAAGGUUUCCUGAAUAAUAUCUCUCCACCUUCGGACCUCAGGAUCCAGAAGAAGCUUCAGCGCCAUAGAUGAGUCCGAUUCCACCUCAAAGUCGCUAUAGCCAGCGCGUAUCGCCCACUGAAUAGCUUGGGAAAUCGUCUUCAAUUCCGCUUCAAGCGCUGAAGAAGCAUCCACCUCAAAGCUGACCGCACGAAGAAGAUGGCCGGUGCAGUUUCUCAGAAUUGCGCCUCCCGCUGCUGAUCCAGAUAAGUAUCGAGCAUCUGUAUUUAAUUUCAGCUUUCCUUUUGGUUUGCUCCAUUUUAAGAUCUGUAUUGAAAAGGGUUUGCUGCGAAAUUCCUUGGGAAUGAGAUGUUCCUCAUACAAAAUCUUAUCAACCGAGUGAAUUUUAACCCCUUUCAAUGAAUGAGACCAGGCCUGAGUGUAGUGUUUAAUGGUGUGAAUGAUUCCUGUAGUAGAUGAAGUCGCAUCCCCUUUUCCCCACUGGUAAUUUGUAUACACCUUCCAUAUAUGCCAAGAAAUGAUACCUGAAAUAUGUCGCCUGAAAAUAUCCAAAAGAUCUAACGAACCUGCCUUUAGCCAACAACAUCUGAAAAUUUGACAGAUAGACGAAAUAUUCCUCGGUAUAUGAAUACCCAGAAUACCCAUGAAAUAAUCCCAUAUAGGUUUCACUGUCUUGCAAUUAUAAAAAACAUGGUCUAAGGACGAACUGCUAUUUCUGCAAAGAUAGCAAAUAGAUGGAUUUGAAGUAAUUUGAAACUGAUUUAGCUUUUCAGGGAAAGGCAGAAUGUUUUUAAUAAUCUUCCAUUGCAAAAGUGUGAUCUUUAGUUCCUGCUUUGAGCUCCAGAGGUGACUAAAAGAAAAGGUAAUUGUUCCAGUUGGGGAUUGAGAGCACAUAGAGGAAGCAAGAUCAUGAAUGUGGCAUAUCCUUCUCCAAAUUGAGGAGUCAGUAAGUUUAGGAGGAGGAACUUGGCCGAACUCCAACAAUGGAGGAUUUUGGAGGAAAGUGGAAUACAGUUGACCCUGUUACUGGUCAGCUACCUCCAACACCGCAUGCUCGUUACAUGGCUAAUUACAGUCAACGAAUGGAAGAAAAAUAUGGACCAGAUCGGUCACAACAUCCGGUGUUUGACUAUGAGAUUUGGACACAAAUUACUGGUCCUCCAAAAAAGGGGCGACUAAUUGGUGUACCGGACCAAAUAUCACACCCAGAGUUGUUUCAACCAUCUAAACCGGAAGAGGAUAGGUGUGUGAUUUUAGAACAUCAAGUUGUUGACCUCAAGACUGAAAUAGAGACAAUACGAGUUGGAAUGUUGGAGUUUAAGACAGAAAAUGAAAAAAUCCAGGCUGAAAAUGUAGAGCAAAGAACACAUUUCAACUCUACUAUGAGCAACAUUUGGGGUGUCCUAAUCAAUAUGGGCGUUGUUAACCCAAACAUGAUCCCGUUUAAUUUUGGGUCAUCUCAACAACACCCUGCAAUGAUGUUUGGGCAGCAGUCACAACUCCAUCAACACUUACCAUCCAGGCAACAACCAGGAUCUUUCAGUCAGCUUAUUCGGAUGACAUACGCCCAAGCGCAACAUGAAAUGGUAGAGGACCAGCCUCCACAACUUGUUCAAGGUGAUCUUGCACAACCUAAAGCAUCUCAAUGUUUCUCAAGACUGCCUGCCAUCCAACUCGACCAAAUGUUGCUCCACCUAUUUUUCCUAUGCGGCAUACUCAUGUAGACUCAUCGACCUCCGAUUGUGAUGAAGAGGAAAUGGUUGAUGUAAAUGAUGACAGUUAGCAAAACAUUUCAAUUUAUUGCAAUUUUUAUGUGUCAUUUAUUGACAUUUUUGUACUCUGUAAUGUUUUUAUAUUUUGGUUUAAAAAACUGAGUUAUUUUCGUCUCAUUAAUACAUGCA